UGUUAUUCUUUGAAGCAAAAGCGAUCGAUGAAAAACAGCCAACAACGUGCGCAUAGUUGGAGAUACUUAUUUUUAUCAAAAAAGUUAUUGUAGUUAUCUAAUUUCUUUAAUUUAAUAUUAAUUUAAAACCAUUCACUAUUAAUUUGAUAUUCAUGAUUGUGACACUUAAUUAUUUAAUUUGCCGGUUGACAACAAAUAAAUCAAAAGGUUUAAUUAAUAACAAGUAUUCAAAUAGUUUUCUAUGAAAUGAACAAAAAUGAGUCGACAAGUAGAUAUGGACCCCUCGUCGGUGCAAUCGACGAAGGGACAAGUAGUGCUAGAUUUUUGGUUUUUGCUGCAGAUACAGCUGAAGUGUUAACAUAUCAUCAGGUUCCAAUAACACAAACAUGUCCAAAAGAAGGAUGGGUUGAGCAAGAUCCUGUAGAAAUAUUAAAAGCAGUUAGAGAAUGUCUUAAUCAGACUAUAUUUAAUUUACGCCAGCUUACCAUAGAUCCUACCGAUAUAGUUGCAGUUGGUAUAACAAACCAAAGAGAAACUACAGUUGUAUGGGAUUCCAUUACUGGAGAACCAUUAUAUAAUGCUAUAGUAUGGAUGGAUAUGAGAACUACUUCAAUUGUAGAUGAUAUAUUAAAAAAAAUACGUAAUCAAAAUAAAAACUAUUUGAAACCACUUUGUGGUUUACCAAUUAGUCCAUAUUUCAGUGGUUUAAAAUUAAAAUGGUUGUUAGAAAAUGUACCUCGUGUACGUGAGGCUCUAGAUUUAAAACGGUGCAUGUUUGGCACAAUUGAUUCAUGGUUAAUUUGGAAUUUAACUGGAGGUGUUCAUGCCACUGAUGUUACAAAUGCUUCAAGAACAAUGUUAAUGAAUAUCACAACUUUAAAAUGGGAUCCAACAUUAUUAUCAUUUUUUAAUAUACCUUCAGAAAUUUUACCAGAGAUUCGUAGUUCGUCAGAAAUAUAUGGUUAUAUACAAGAUGAAGUUUUAUCUGGUGUACCAAUAUCAGGAUGUUUAGGUGAUCAGCAGUCAGCAUUGGUAGGACAAAUGUGUUUACAAAAAGGACAAGCAAAAAGCACUUAUGGCACAGGCUGUUUUCUUUUAUAUAAUACUGGAACUGCUAUUGUAGAUUCAUCUCAUGGGUUAUUGACAACAGUUGCUUAUCAAUUAGGACCACAAGCAGCACCAAUAUAUGCUCUUGAAGGCUCUGUAGCUAUAGCUGGUGCUGUUAUUCAAUGGCUAAAAGAUAAUCUUGGAGUACUAUCUGAUGUAAAGGAAUCUGAAUCUCUUGUUGAACAAAUUCCAACUGAUAAUCGUGUUACAUUUGUACCUGCAUUUGCUGGAUUAUAUGCUCCAUAUUGGAGGAAAGAUGCAAGAAGUGUUAUAUGUGGAAUUACUGAAGACACAAAUAGUACACAUAUUAUAAAGGCAGCUUUGCAAGCUGUUUGUUUUCAGACAAGAGACAUUUUGGAAGCUAUGAAAGAAGACACAGGUUUAACAUUAUCUAAAUUGUUAGUUGAUGGUGCUAUGACUACUAAUAAUUUGUUAAUGCAAAUGCAAGCAGAUAUUUGUGGAAUUCCAGUUGGUAAAUUGAGGCCUUUAAUGUGUGAAACUACCGCACUUGGAGUUGCAAUUGCUGCAGGAAAUGCAGAUGGUAUACGAAAAUGGGAUGUAAAAUUUGAUAUUGCUGUACCAAGUGAUAUCUUCUUACCUUCAAUAUCUGAGAAUGAACGAGAUAUAUUAUAUUCACAAUGGAAAAUGGCUAUUGAUCGUAGUUUAGGUUGGGAACCAGUUUCUAAUACCAAUGAUAAUAUAAAGAAUAUUCACAAAGCAACUGCUCCAGGUAUUUUUAUGAUAAGUACAUUACUUUUACUUAUGAUUGCAAAAUAUCAUUCUAUGUUAUGACUGAACGAGUACAGUACCAUGUACUGUACUUAUCUCAAGUAAUG